AUGAUCAGAAGACAGGCUCGUGAGCGUCGGGAGUAUCUUUAUCGGAAAGCUCAGGAACUCCAGGAUUCCCAGCUACAGGAAAAGAGACAGCUAAUCAAGCAAGCUUUGGCACAAGGAAAACCACUCCCAAAAGAUGUGGCGGACGACGAACAGCUCCAGAAAGACUUUCAAUACGAUCAAACCAUACAGGAAACGAUAGAUGACGAAUAUAGUGCCACCAGUGGGCUGGCAGAACCCAAAGUGAUUGUCACGACUUCUAGAGAUCCUAGUACCAGGCUUUCUCAAUUCGCCAAGGAAAUCCGCCUGCUGUUCCCAACUUCGGUAAGGCUUAAUAGAGGUAAUUACAUUAUGCCAAAUCUGGUCGAUGCAUGCAAAAAAUCGGGCACUUCAGACCUGGUGGUACUGCACGAGCAUAGAGGUGUUCCUACGUCGCUCACCAUUUCCCAUUUCCCACAUGGCCCGACAGCUUAUUUCACACUCCACAACGUUGUUCUAAGGCACGACAUUAUGAAUGCAGGUAACCAAAGCGAAGUGAAUCCACAUCUCAUUUUCGACAAUUUCACAACACCUCUAGGGCAAAGAGUUGUCACGGUUUUGAAGCAUAUGUUUCCACCGGGACCAAAGAAGGACUCACCUCGAGUAAUCACUUUCGCAAACCGCGGUGAUUUUAUCAGUGUAAGGCAGCAUGUGUAUGUGAGAACUAGGGAAGGCGUGGAACUAGCAGAAGUAGGACCCAGGUUUGAAAUGCGCUUAUUUGAGUUGAGACUCGGCACUUUGGACAAUAAGGAUGCAGAUGUCGAAUGGCAGCUCAGAAGGUUCGUAAGGACCGCCAGUAGGAAAGACUACUUAUGA